UGACAGAGUCCUCCUCCAAGAAAACUCCCAGAUGGCUCUUACACAACUACAGGACCAGACUGCUAAAGGGGAGAGGAUCAAUAAGGAAACCGGAGAGCUGAGUGCUUCAGGGGAGCUACCUGUCUCUGUGGAGUUGAAGGAGCUGAAAGUAGAGGGCUCUUGUAGGAAUCCUCAACUCCCACAAGUGCUCAGAAAACAACUAGUGGAGCUGGGAAUUCACACAUACUCAAGCUCUGACCACAGAACUGACCAUGAUCUUCUAGAGCAGAGAAAGCAACAUCUGGUCAAAGUCCUACCUCUCUACAUACAGGUCUGUGAGGAUGGUGCCAGACUUGAAGACUUGGACGUAAAGGGGCUUGCAGCGCUCACCGCUGACACUGUGAUCCAUAACAUCCACAACAGACUGGCAGAAAGGCCUGCAGAGGCGGCUCGUGAAGAGGUGGUGCUGUUCUUUCAGAGGCUGGACGAGGACACAAAAUGUGAAGUAGGAGAAAGUCCAGGAUGGCUGCUGUUAAAGUCCCUUUUACUGCUGACAGCUGACAACUCAGAUAUAUUCUCCUAUAUAAACCCAGGGCUCCCUGCUGCUUUGGUGAAAUGUCUGUACCUGCUAGUCUGCCUUCCAGCUAAAAAGGAGAACAGGGCGAUAGAAGAGACCUUUCAGGAGCCACUAACACAGGUUCUCCUUCAGCUCUGUAGGCAGCCAGUCAAUGCGGAGCGAAUGGUGGAAACCCAGGAACUGCAGUGUCUUAUCAUUGGCCUCACAUCACUAUGGGAUCAGACUAGCGCUUCCUGGAGGCACCAGGCCUCUCGUGUCCUCAAGGCAAUCUCUGCCGUAGCGACAAGCAACACCGUCCCGAGCUUGCUAGGUAAGAACUGUGUGCGUAUCUGCAUCCAGAACCUGCUGCACAUCAGUGCUGACGUCUCAGGACCGCUGCUAGCUGAGGUGGCUGUGGCUGUGUUUAGCUUCAUUAGAGACACCUAUUCCCUGAAUACAGCCCUCUUCAUUGAGUUUGACACCAACAACGGCUACCAGGCCCUUGAGAACAUCCUGAAACGCUGUGAGGAGGGUGUGUCCGUGGAUCAGUUUCAGCCCGUGGAGGAGUUGCUGGCUCUCAUUGCGUCUUUCACCCUGCUGGGAAAAACUGAACUGAAAGUGGCUCUUUGUGUGACCAACCCCCAGCCUCCAAGCUUUAAGUUUGAUCCACCACUCACCAAAGGCUUAGCAGUAAAGAACCUGCAGGCCUUCCACCUGCUUCAGGCCUCCUUGCUGCAUUCCCAGGAUUCUCUGCUGUGCUGCCAGCUUCUUCGAACCCUGCAGACAAUAUGGGAGAGGGAUCCAGCCAAUUUCUUCCUCUUGGAGUGGACUGUCCAGUCGGUGGCUCAGGUGGCUGCCUGUGUGUCGCGUAAACCAGCACCUGUCCAAAAACUAUUCUUUACGCUUCUAGAGAUGGUGGUAUUUAAGUUGAACUACAUCCCCCAUGAGACCCUGCGUGCACUGCUUAAUGUGCUGAAGCAGAUUUGGGCUGGGACACUGGCUGGAGGGGUGGCGGGGAUAGAGUUUGGAGUGGUGGCUCUUAAGUGUUUUCACAGGAUGACUGUGCACAGUGGUAUGCUGGCUGAGGUGUUGAGUGACUGGGGUCUUCUGGAGCUGCUGCUUGGGGAACUCCGGAGGAGAGCUAAGAUUCUCAGGAAGGCUGGAGUUGUUUCUUCCUCUGAAAUAAAUCCCCAGGACCUGCAAUGUGUAGAAGAAAGUGAGAGGCUGCUCACUACCUGUAUGCUUCAAGUUGUGUCAACUCUUACUUUACGUUCGAUAAAAAACACAGUUUCAGUGCGAGACCUUGGUAUGGUUCCCUACAUAAAGAUCUUCUUGGAUAAGGAUCAGUAUCGAGGUCCCACUCUGAGCAUUUUGGAGCAGCUAGCUGAGAUUAACCCCGAGGAGUUCAUGAGUACAGCCAUAGGAGCCCUCUGCUCCUCAACACAGCAGGAGCUUGGGUUGAAGUGGGACCUUUUGCAGUCUGUGCUGAAGGUGCUGGAGAGCCCCAACAGCUGGGAAGCCUUCAGGAGAGCAGGAGGCUUCACCGGACUACUGUCUCUGGUGAUCGACAUGGAGGGAGCUCUGUCUGACCCUCCACAGGGAGAAGUUUGGAAGUCGUUGGGGCAUCAGCAGCUGCUGGACCUCCUGCUCCUCGCUCUUCACAUCCUGGCCUUGGCUGUGCAUCUUCACACAGUAAAUGCACACCAUUUUGAGACUGGUGGCUUUUACGAAAGGCUGGCAGAGGCUCUGCUCCAGCUGGGCUGCUUCCACGCUGAAAGUCCUGAGAAAGAGAGGUGGAAUGGAGAGGAAACCUCCUGUCCCAAGGCUGCAGGGGACAGCCAGUCUCCUGGAAAGAGCUUCCACCAGUUUGUUGAGUUAGCAGAGGCCACUGAAACUCCCUCCUCUCCCUCCACCACACCGCAGCCCAGUCUGCCUGUCACUCUUCGGACAUGUAUAAGGCUGCUGUCCUAUCUCGACCAGUUCGCCACUGGGGCCUACUCUCCUCAGGAGUUAAACUUGGGACUUGAGCCUGAUGAUGUGUAUGAUGUAGAUAAAGAGAAACAAAAUGGACCAGCAGGGCAUGAAGGAGUGCAUUCAGGGUCCCCUCCUGUCCACUUGGGAUCAAGCCCACAGUCAGUUGUGGACACACAGGGAAGAUCCAGAAGCACAGCAUCAACUAUUUCUACGGUCUGCACAGAGUCUCAUUACAGUAGGUUCACCUGCGAUCAUAUUAUUCUUCAUCCAGGAGCAAUCCGAAUUAUAAUGACUCUCCUUCCAGCAGUGUUUACUCCUAAAGACUCACAGCUGUCCAUGGAGGUCCAGUUCUCCCUGGCACACCAUGUCCAGGCCAUGGUCAAACCUGAGCGAAACCGCCAGAUAAUGUGUGAGGGGGGGCUGGUCUCCACACUCCUGGCCCACUGUCAGAGCAUGUUGCUGUCUCCAAACCACCCGUUACAUCUACCAAUUACACGGAUCUUGGAAAAGCUCUCCUCCCAGGCCAUCACACACUCAGACUUCAGAAAGUUCCUGUGUUUGGGAAACCCUCUUAUGUGCUUGGUAGACAAAACAGCAACAAAACCACAGCCAGCUCCUGUAUCAAAUGGUCAUAGUACAGAGGCAGAUCCCUCAUCGGAAUCUAAAGUGAAGACACUGAAGAGGACCUUCAGUUUGUUACAGUCCACAACUUGCAGUGAAUCCUCUGUUGGUUCUGCAGUCCCUGCCCAUCAGAUUAUCAGUCUGGUGUCCAUGACAUCACCGCGCACCUUCAGACCACACCGGGUCUCCUCCUCACCUGCUUUUGUAGAGUUUGACAUGAGUGAGAGCGGAUAUGGCUGCCUUUUCCUGCCCUCUCUGGCUACAGUGAAAGGAGUGACUGCUGAUUCAAUCUCAACAGGUGGAAUUGGAAAAGACUGCAGGGGAUUUCCCCCCACAGCUGGUCUCUCGUUUUCUUGCUGGUUCCAGAUCAACAGGUUCAGUUCAGCCUGUGACUCCCACCCAAUCCGUCUGUUGUCAGUGGUUCGCCACAUGUCUCGGACUGAACAACAGUACAUCUGUCUGUCAAUCUCCUUCUCAGCCUAUGACGGCUGCCUGGUUAUCUCCACAGAGGAGGAGGCAUUAGCAUACCUGGAUAUGAUGGAGCCAGAAGUUUCUACUCCCACUUCUCUGCCUACAUCACUGAGACUCCGUUGCUCCAGCAUACUGGUCCCAGGUCAGUGGCACCAUCUGGCUGUGGUGAUGGCCAAAGACGUGAAGAAGAGCUGUGUGACCUCAGCCUACUUCAACGGCAAGGCACUGGGGACCGGAAAGAUGAGGUACAUUAAGCCAUUCCCUGGUCAGUAUGUCUCCAUGGACCCCACAGCUGUGAUUGACGUGUAUGGACUGAUAGGAACGCCAGCUCUCUGGAAGGAGCACGCUGCUCUAGUGUGGCGAGUGGGUCCUUCUUACCUGUUUGAAGAGGCUUUGAGUCCUGAGGCAGUGGGUGUCAUAUACACAAAAGGCACUGCAUACCAAGGCAACUUCCAGGCUCUGCGCAACAUAGGCCAUAAUCCAGAUUCUGAGGCUCUCCCUCUCAGGCUGGUUCCUGAGGAGAGGAUUUCAUUUGGCAUCAACCCAGCAAUUUCUACAUUAACAACAGUUGUGCAGAUCAGAGAGGAUUACAAUGAGGUGGACUGCAGACUGAUUGCUAAAGAGAUGGGCAUAACAUCUCGGGAUCAGUCCACUCCCGUGUUCCUUGCUCGAAACAUCAGCCAACACCUGAGUGGUACAUCUCGCACCAUAGGAGCAGCGCUGGUUGGACAUUUUGGUGUGCGUACAUUCACUCCCAGCAGUGCAUCCCACGGUUUCCUGUAUGUUGGUGGGCCUGCAGUUGUUCUCAGUUUAGCUGCAAUGGCUCCAGAUGAUAGCUCUUUGUAUGCAGCUGUUAAAGUUCUUCUUUCUGUGCUGGAGACCAACUCUGCCAUGCAGCAGGAAAUGAACCGCAUCAACGGAUACAAGCUGCUAGCUUUCCUGCUGAAGAUGAAGAGAAGUCUGGUCACCUACAGAACUCUUCAGUUGGUUCUGCAUCUCUCAAGUUCAGUGGAGCUGAGCUCUGGAUCUGGUUGCCUACAGAACAUACCUGCUUUUCAAGAUCUGCUGUGUGACCUGGAGGUGUGGCAGAACACAUCAGAAAAUCUGGACCUUUCAGUUCUGAACCACAUUGCUGAAAUCUUGAAAUCCUCGAGUGACAGCAGGAAUGCAGAGGUCAUGCACACUGUAGGUCUGCUACCAAAGCUGCUAUUCGAGCUUUCGGAUCCUGCUGUGACCUUUCGGAAGGUGAAGAUAAUUUCCUGCGUCAUCACAUCUCUCCUGAAAGCUCACUUCACCCCUCUGGACAUGAGCAGACUUGGGCUCUUUCUCAUCUACACGCUCCCUCCUCUUAGUGACAUGACUGAAGGCAAGGAGAUAUCUGAAAGUGAUCUUUCCCAGGAUGCACCAGCUCAGAGUUCUGGUCCAGCCAGUCUCAUCUUUAUCCGCAACCAGCUGUUACUAGUGCUUUGUGAAAUCUUCAACUCAGACAGCCUUCUAAUCAAAGAUCAGCAGAAGGCAGUGUUUGAUUCCUUGGGCAGUGAUUGGUUCCUGCUCUUCCUUCAGCCCCACCUUCACCCUUCUACCUUGAAACUGGGUCUCGUCCUGCUUACGUACUUUCUGUCCAGUCCAGACCAGCAGAGCAGCUUCAGAGAGGGGGUGGUCCCUGGAACACUUAUUGAAGGCAUGGAGGAGCCUGUUGCUGUCAUGGACAACCUGCGAGCCCAUUCUUGGUCUUAUGAGUGCCUCACCACCACAUGUCGAGGCUUUGAUGUUCUGCAGGAGCUGCUGUUCAGACAUUCUCACCUGCCUCAGGUGUAUGAAGCCCUGGCUGCUCUGCUGCUGGGGGAAAAAAACAGUCACACUGCUGAGAGAAAGGUGCAUUUGGAUGAUAACCUGCAGUCACUGAUUGACAGCCAAGCAAACACUCCAGCUCAGCAGCUCUGUGUUGAAGCUGCUACGAUACUGCUGGAAUUAGUCAAAGUCAUAAUUACUCAGCCUGCUCCUCCAACGAAGCACAUGUCAGGCAGUGAUGCAUCAUGGGAGUGGCAGCUCCCAGCAAGUGUGAUGCAGUUCUUUUGUCUUCUCCAUAACCUGCGGCCAAGAGACCCACUGUGGGCAUCUCCAGAGUUCCUCCAUGCACUCGCUGGAGUCGUGUACCCUCUGGACGGUUCAGAGGGUGUCGGUGAGCCCUGUCUGAUGAGUGAAGGUGAGGACACAUUCAGGAAUUAUCAAACCAGGAAGCCAGUGUGCGACUUCAUCCGAAUACUGCUAAUGGACAGUCUUCUUAACGUUUCUGCCAACACCAACACAAAUCCCCUUCUUCUGCUGCUGGAGUUCUCCCCUAAUGGUGCAUUGCUGGAACAGAGGGAGACUUUCCACACUGAGCUGCUGGAGUUGAUGAUGGACAUCAUUCACAUGCUCAGCCAUGAGGAAGAAAACAACACUCAUCUCAACUCACAAGGCUCAAAUCCGAGGCCUGAAGGACAGAUGGGCACAUUAAUGGAGAACGUGGUCCUCUUUAGUAAGACUCUGCUGCAGAAACUUUACAGUGGAACAUUCUUGGGAGACUCUGAGAGUUUGAUCAACUUCCUCGCUGAUCAGAUUGUGGUGGUUCUGGAGAAAGGCCAAAGUCAGAAAGAGAAGACAGUGUCAGCCCUCUACUCAUGCACCAAUAAAGUCCUGCUUUAUUUCCUGUCUCAACCGCGUCAUUCCCAUGAAGAAAAGGAAAGGGUCAUCAGGGCGUUACAGACCUGGAUGGAACGCUGGGAUGUUGUCAUGGCAACUUACAAUGCAAACAUGAACUUCAUCACAUGCCUUCUUCAUUGUCUGUUACUGAUACGAUCUGGCAGCUACCCUCAAGGUUUUGGAUGUCUGAUGCAAAAAGUGCAGAAGAGGAAAACUUCAUUCCACCUGUUUGCUACUACAGCCAGAGACUCUGCAUGCCUCAGCAACAGAGCAGACAGCACCACAGGUGUUCCAGAUGACAGAGAACUAGUGUCCCUGGCGGAAGCCUGCUGGUCAAAGGUCAUGACGGAGAGGCAACACACGCUUGAAGAGACCUAUAAGAUAGAGAUCUCAGCAACACGCACAACAGGGUCCAUCAGCAUGACUGAUAUCAGCCCUCUCUGGGAGGAGACGGCACACAAAGCCUGGCAGCUACACAGAGAGUCUCAGAAGCAGAAGGUGGCCAGCAGCUCCCAGAAGAAGUUUGAUAUGAUCAGCAGUGCUGUUCGCUCAGCUUUGGGCAGACUUGGCAAAGAGUCAGUAACAGUAGAGGAGUUUCUGUCCUGCAUGGAGUCACAUCGACACAGAGGCCACAGCAUGUUUGAGAAUAUGAGGACAAACCACUUACAGUUACAAGCCAGUGAGUGGGAGCGAGUGAGCUCCAAGUGGCUGUAUGUGGAGGCCGAGCUGCUGAGGGAGAGAGCUGUGUUCGGCCCUGGCCCAGGGGUGCUACUGAGCCGAGACUGGGUGCAAGACUCUGUUGAAGGACCGAACCGGACCAGAUCACGCAUCCGCAGAAAAGCUUUGAGACGAACUAGACGGGUGCUGGGAACACUGAGUCUGGGUUUAAGGACUGGCAUAUUUGAGGACAUCAAAAACAGAACAGAAGGUGACAGAGAGCCCAAGAUCCUGUGUGAAGUUGGUGCAGAGGCUAAAGAGGAUGAAGAAGAGGGAGGACAGGAUUGUGAACACCUGACCUUCUUCCCAGUUCUAAAUGAGACCCCUGCUGUGACUGAGGGUCCACCUGACCCCUUAACCCCCGAACCCUGCUCCCACACACAAGACUGCACUGACAUACGCAUCAUCCUGCAGGACCUGCACCCUGGAGAGGAGGUAAAGGCUAAGAUGUGUGUAGUGAUGGUGAGUGGCCUCAGAGUGACAGAGGGGGUGCUGCUGUUUGGGAAGGAGAGCCUGCUCCUGUGUGAGGGAUUCACUCUCAGUCCUACUGGGGAUGUUUGUUGCAGGAAACACCAUCCUAGCAGUGUGCGGGAUUCCUUCAUUUCCACCAUGCUGAGUAAAGAGCUGCCAUCAGCUCGCUGCAGACGCUGGCUCUAUGAGGAUAUCAAGGAGGCCCGCUUCAUGCGUUUCCUUUUGGAGGACAAUGCUAUCGAGGUCUUUAUGAAAAAUGGACACUCAGCCUUCCUGGUAUUCCUGAAUAAAGACCACGUCUCUGCAUAUAAAAGGUUGUGCACAGUAGUGCCAGCAUUAAAAGGCAGAGGGGUUGCUGAGGUCAUUGCUAAUGCCAGAAAGACUCCUGUGGUUGAAAAGACAGCCCUUGUUAAAUGGCAGAAAGGGGAGAUAAGUAACUUUGAGUACUUGAUGCAUCUGAACACCAUCGCUGGGAGGACAUACAAUGACCUGAUGCAGUAUCCAGUGUUCCCUUGGGUCCUAGCUGACUACCAGUCAGAGACACUUGAUCUCUCAAAUCCUGCGACCUUCCGUGAUCUGUCUAAGCCAAUGGGAGCUCAGACAGAGAAAAGGAAGCAGAUGUUUAUCCAGAGAUAUGAAGAAGUAGAGAACAGCGAGGGUGAAGGAGAUUUGUCAGCACGAUGCCACUACUGUACCCACUACUCCUCAGCCAUCAUCGUGGCGUCCUUCCUUGUCAGGAUAGAGCCGUUUUCACACACUUUCCAGACACUGCAGGGAGGGUUUGAUAUCCCAGAGCGGAUGUUUCACAGUGUAAAGAAGGAGUGGGAGUCGGCCUCCAGAGACAACAUGGGCGAUGUCAGAGAGCUGAUGCCAGAGUUCUUCUACCUGUCCGACUUCCUGCUCAACUCUAACCACAUCCAGCUGGGUUGUUUGGAGGAUGGUACUGCUCUGGGAGAUGUGGAGCUGCCUCCUUGGGCGAAAGGUGACCCCCAGGAGUUCAUUAGAAUCCAUCGAGAGGUGUUGGAAAGUGACUAUGUGAGUUCCCACCUCCACCUGUGGAUCGACCUAAUUUUUGGGUAUCGGCAACAAGGUCCAGCUGCUGUAGAAAGUGUCAACACGUUCCAUCCUUACUUCUACGCCCAGAGAGGUUGGCAGAAUUCUAAGGACCCCCUCAUAAAGAGCACAAUCUUGGGAUACGUCAGCAACUUUGGCCAGGUUCCCAAACAGCUCUUCACCAAACCACAUCCACCUCGCAGUGGCUCUAAGAAGGAAGGAUCAACACCACCCCAUCCAACUCCAUUUUUCUUCAAACUGGAUAAACUGAAGACUACUGCGCAGCCAUUCAGAGAGCUGACAAGAGGCCCAGUGGGUCAAAUACUGUGUCUGGAAAAAGAGGUCUUGGUCCUGGAGAGAAACCGGGUCCUCCUGUCCCCUCUGUCGACCUGCUUCUUCAGCUGGGGCUUCCCAGACAACAGCUGUGCCUUUGGAAACUAUGCCACAGAGAAGAUCUUUGCUGUGUGUGAGAGUUUAUGUGAUUGGGGCGCGACAUUGUGCGCAGCCUGUCCCAACCCGACGACCGUCAUCACCGCAGGAACCAGCUCCGGGGUGUGUGUGUGGGAUGUAGCAGUCAACAAGGACAAACUCUCUCACAUGAAACUCAGACAGCCGUUAUACGGUCACACAGAUUCAGUGACAUGUCUGGCGGUGUCAGAGGUCCACAGCUUGAUAGUAAGUGGCUCCCGUGACCUCACUUGUAUCCUGUGGGAUAUGGAAGAGCUAAGCUACAUCACCCAGUUAGCAGGACACACAACCGGCGUCUCUGCACUGGCUAUCAAUGACCUCACCGGUGAGAUUGCGUCAUGUGCGGGACCUCUGCUCUACCUGUGGACCAUGAAGGGUCAGCUGUUGACUUGCACUGACACUUCCUGUGGGCCUCAGGCAGACAUCCUGUGUGUAAGCUUCACACAGCGACACGAGUGGGACGCCAGGAACGUCAUCGUCACUGGCUGUGCAGAUGGCAUCAUAAAGAUAUGGAAGACAGAGUACACCAGAACACAAUUACCUGGCCCUCCAGAAGAGCCUGUGUCCCCAGGGCAAGACCGAACAGAGAGAGACGUGAGUAGCUCAUGCCAGGUUAAAGGCUGGGAGAGACAUCUGGUGUUGUGUCAAGAGUUGAACAGAAGUCAGGCUGUGUCCCAACGCCGCUACAAGAAAAAUCCAGCCAUCACAGCUCUGGCCAUGUCCAGGAGCCAUGCUACUCUGUUGGCGGGCGAUGCCUGGGGCAGAGUUUUCACCUGGACCUGUGAGUGAGAGGUGGCAAUGUUUGAGCAGUUUCAUGCCUUCAGCCUCCAUUUCCAUACAGCCUCUAUCCUCUCAGAGAGAGACUGACACAGGAAGUUCAUCAGUGUUUUGUGUGUGCAUUCAGGGAUACAAGUGUUACAAUAUUUGAUACAUUCAAGUCUCAGACAAUAUUUUACCAUCUACUUAAGUAUUUAAUUCCCUUUUUUUCUCUGUAAAUACUGAAUUUCAACAAAUUUGAAUAAAACUGUUCAUGGUCAU